GUGUCCCCCCAAUGUUGAGGAAAUACCAAUCUGUCCCCCAAUAUACAGUACAAAAUAUUUUCUAUAUGUCCCCCCUUUAAUGAACCCUGCCAACGGAUCUCUCUUUUCUUCAUCUAUUUAUUUAUUCAUGUCUACUCCUUUUUAAUAUUUCCGUUUGUUAAGGGAAAUAGGUGUGUCCCCCCUCCAGUUGUACACUUGGCCGCGCCCAUACUCAACGCAAGUUGGUUGAUAUAUUUGAGCAGCUCAGUCUGUAAGAAAUGGAGACAGCAGCCAAGUGUAGAAAAGUGCAGCGGAACAUACGAGUUUUUUUUUGAGACAGUCAGUAACUAGAUUCCUAAAUAGUAGGUGACCUUAGCGUAGUGUAGAAGGCAUCAUACCAUGGCUUGGUUUGUUCUUAAGAACAUCGAUUAACUUUUGAUAUUUGCACACUCGCGAAGUAGGCUAGGCUAACGCCAGGUCCAGUUUUUCACCGUUAACGUUACAUUCACUUGUAUAUCCUCCCGCCGAGUUCGCUGUGAACCCUCACGCUGUGACAGACUGUUAUACAUGCGAGUGAAAGCGAGGAAAGUUGCACAGCAUGCGUAUGUGGUUUGCCUGCACGCAUCUUAUCUCGCCUCUACUUAUUGUGGUGGGUUUCAUGGUAGGUUUUGGAGCAGAGAAUACAUCUGCCCAGAGGACGUCCACAGCACCCUACAAUUUCCCCAUGCUGUGGGAGCUUCUAUCACUCAGAAAUCACAUGAGUUCAAACGGUAACGGUAAUCCUAAAACUAUGUUCUAAAUAUGCGAAUUUUCAGUAUCAAACUUCGGAUGUUGGGGGAGGGGAUAUGUCCAUACCACGGUAAUGUCCUUGUAAUGCAGAGACGUCAAGCGCUUAAGAAAGUCCUAGAUGUCUUUGCUAGGGUCGAUGAUGAUAACGACGAUGUCACAAUGAUGAUGUUAUUAGUGAAAGGAAAACUGUGUGCAUGUUUAACGAGCUGAACCUGUUCGUCAGAUGGAGGGCGAGACGAAGCCGAUGCGGGUGCUGGUGACGGGCGGCAGUGGCCUCGUGGGGAAAGCCAUAGAGCGCGUGGUGAAGCAGGAAGGAGGAGCCAGAGAAGGGGAGGAGUGGAUCUUCCUCAGCUCAAAAGAGGCGGACCUGACAAACGCAGCCGAGACGAGGGCCAUCUUCGAGAAGCAUCGACAUACACAAGUUAUUCGCCUCGCCGCCAAGGUGUGCGGGCUCUUCCUGCACUUGAGAGAGAACCUAGAUUUCUGGAGGAAGAACCUGGCCAUCAACGAGAACGUGCUGCAAACGGCUCACGAGUUCGACGUGGUGAAAGUCGUCUCGUGUUUGUCUACGCGCAUUUUCCCGGAUAUAACCACCGACCCCAUUGAUGACACGAUGGCCUAUUUUUUCCAGUGCUGAUGGUCAUCUGAUUGUGUAAGUGAUCAAUAAGUUAUCUCUCUCUCUUUUUUAUUUAUUUAUUUAUUUAUUUAUUUAUUUAGCCUGUGCCAACAGGAGCUACAGGAGGACGGAAGUUCGAGUAAAAGUAAUAAAACAUUAGCAGAGAAGAAGGGAGGAAAGUCCGAAACCCAGGAAGUUAGCGCCAUCGAUCAGUUUCGUGAACACAUUGUGACAUCAUUAUGACCAAAGGUGUGCGUAAAUGAAGUUUUCGACUUCAUGCAACAUAAAAGUAUGACUUUAUUGUUUUCUUAUUAUUAUUAUUAUUAUUAUUAUUAUUAUUAUUAUUAUUAAAUCCUGACAUGUGAUGUAAACAUGUCUAUCCAACUCAUAUAUGCUCAUCUGAAAGAAAAGAAAUGCAUCCCAGUAAUAUCUAUUUAUGAGUAAGUGAACAAU